AUGACAGCCACGAUCCCUCUCCGUGGUCUCUCCCAUGGAAGGACGGAGCCUGUCACUCCUCCCCCAAUCCCCAAACUCUGUGGGUAUGAACCUUUCACCAGUGAGAGUCCAUCAGACCUAUUCAAAAAAAUUAUCAAAGGAGAGUAUGAGUUCCAUUCCCCAGACUGGGACAUCAUUGGAGAGAAUGCCAAGGACUUUGUGCGCAAACUUCUGAUCAAGAACCCACAAAAGCGUUUGACUGCAGAAGCAGCAUGCAAGAACUGUUGGGUGCUCAGCUAUGCAUCAAGGACAGAUAGUCUUGACUCUGUGGUGGAGAAAAUAAAAUCAUUUAACGAGCAGAGGAAGCAAAAGAGAGAGAUUUUGGAGGUUGCCCGAACUCCGCGGAGCAGGAUGAGCAGCCGAGCGACUCCGUACAGAGAUGACUUAACGCUACGUGUAACCGCCAGCCCCUUACCACAGCUGGAAAUCUCCGCCCCUCAAUCACAACCAGAACCACAGAAGAUAGUGGAGGAAGACAUAGCCUUUGAUCAUAUGUAAACUACAACUAUUCUCCAACACAAUCAGUAUUCUCCUAUAAGUAUUAUGUUUGAACUAUUGUUCUCUGAAGUAUUCUCCUGAAAUAAACAAAGAAAGAAAAGAAAAGAAAGAAAGAAAGAAGAAAGAAAAUAAAGAAACAAAAAAAUAAAUAAAAAAUAAACAAAAACAAAACUGCAAAGGUAGGUUUAAUUAAUUAGUAGAGAUGAACACAGCAAUUGAGCUAAACUAAAAAGAAAACUGAAUUGAAAAAUUAACCUUUCGUUGGAGGUUGUGUGAUAAGGUGCAGUGUGAUAUUAUAUUUAUAUAUGAGAGGUAAAAUAAUAUUCUGUGAAAUUUUAGUCUCAUUUUCCCAUGAUGCUACCUCUUCAACUUCAGUAGGUAUAACAUUUUAACAAUUCUCAGAUAAAUACUCGUAACUUUGAUAUUUUUCAAAGUUGGGAAGGAAACACAGUUUUGUCAGUUGACCUCGAAUGUAAUUGACACUGAUGUAAUACUUUCCAUUUCUCUUCAUUUCAUAAUACAUGUAUGCUU